GAAUGUUAUAAGCAGAUCUCUCUCAUCUCUGGACGGACUCACUCUCCUCCGCAGCCUCAGAUCGGCCUGCCUCAUCGUUUACAGGUAAAAAAUUGCUGAGCGUAUAGAUAGGAUAUAUAAUUGACAAAGGCAUUCUGACUUCACAUUUCAGUCAUGGAAGAGCCCUUGUAUCCUAUUGCGGUUCUAAUUGAUGAGCUCAAGAAUGAAGAUAUCCAGCUUCGGUUGAACUCAAUACGUCGUUUGUCAACAAUUGCCCGUGCACUUGGGGAGGAGAGAACGCGAAAGGAAUUAAUUCCUUUUUUGAGUGAGAACAAUGAUGAUGAUGAUGAAGUUCUUCUUACAAUGGCAGAAGAAUUGGGAGUGUUCAUUCCAUAUGUUGGUGGAGUCGAACAUGCCAGUGUCUUGCUUCCUCCACUAGAAGGUCUCUGUAGUGUUGAAGAGACUUGUGUAAGAGAAAAGGCUGUUGAGUCAUUGUGCAGAAUUGGAUCUCAAAUGAAGGAAUCAGAUUUGGUAGAAUCAUUCAUUCCUCUUGUAAAGAGGCUGGCAGCAGGCGAGUGGUUUACUGCUCGUGUAUCAUCAUGUGGAUUAUUUCACAUUGCAUAUCCCAGUGCUCCAGAGCCAUUAAAAAGUGAGCUUAGAACUAUAUUUAGCCAAUUGUGCCAAGAUGACAUGCCAAUGGUGAGAAGAGCGGCUGCAACAAAUCUUGGGAAGUUUGCUGCUACCGUUGAACAACCUCAUGUGAAGACUGACAUAAUGUCAAUGUUUGAGGAUUUGACUCAAGACGAUCAAGAUUCUGUCCGUUUAUUGGCUGUUGAAGGGUGUGCUGCCUUGGGAAAGUUAUUGGAGCCUCAAGAUUGUGCUGCACAAAUCCUUCCUGUCAUAGUUAAUUUUGCCCAGGAUAAGUCUUGGCGUGUCCGCUACAUGGUUGCAAAUCAGCUAUAUGAACUUUGUGAGGCAGUUGGACCUGAAGCUACCAGAACGGAUCUGGUUCCAGCUUAUGUUCGUUUACUCCGUGAUAACGAGGCUGAAGUGCGGAUUGCAGCAGCUAGCAAAGUCACUAAGUUCUGUCGGAUAUUAAGUCCUGAAUUAGCAAUCCAACAUAUUCUUCCUUGUGUAAAGGAACUUUCUUCAGAUUCUUCUCAGCAUGUACGCUCUGCUUUGGCGUCAGUCAUAAUGGGAAUGGCACCUGUUCUAGGAAAGGAUGCAACAAUUGAGCAGCUUCUUCCAAUAUUUCUUUCUCUUCUCAAGGAUGAGUUUCCUGAUGUCCGUUUGAAUAUUAUCAGCAAGCUUGAUCAAGUCAAUCAGGUGAUAGGUAUUGAUCUCUUGUCCCAGUCCCUGCUGCCUGCUAUAGUUGAGCUUGCAGAAGACAGACACUGGAGGGUUCGCCUUGCAAUAAUAGAAUACAUACCUUUAUUGGCAAGUCAAUUAGGUGUUGGGUUUUUUGAUGAUAAGCUUGGGUCUCUUUGCAUGCAAUGGCUAAAAGAUAAGGUUUACUCCAUCAGAGAUGCAGCUGCGAAUAAUGUUAAACGCCUCGCAGAGGAAUUUGGACCAGAAUGGGCAAUGCAACACAUUAUUCCACAGGUUCUGGAAAUGAUAAACGACCCGCAUUAUCUUUACCGAAUGACCAUUCUUCACGCCGUAUCUCUUCUUGCCCCAGUAAUGGGCUCAGAAAUCACUUGCUCUAAACUUCUACCGGUGAUUGUUACUGCAUCAAAGGACAGGGUACCAAAUAUAAAAUUCAAUGUGGCAAAAGUUUUGCAAUCUCUCAUUCCAAUAGUUGACCAAUCUGUUGUGGAGAAGACAAUACGUCCGUGUUUGGUUGAACUUAGCGAGGAUCCAGAUGUGGAUGUCAGGUUCUUUGCCAACCAAGCGCUGCAAGCCGCCGAUCAAGUCAUGAUGUCAAGUUAAAUCCGGAUUUUGUCAUAUUUUUUUUGCGUUUUUACCCCGCUCAAACCCCCCCCCCCCAAAACCCACCCUCUGGUGGAAUUGUAACAACUGAUUGAUUGACACUAGAAGAUAAAAGGUGAGAGAUGCUGGUAUGAUCCUUCAUUUGUGCAUGUGGGACUAGAAUUUCAUUUGUUAUGUUUAACCUAAGUUUGUGUUUUGCCUUACACGCAAAGUAGGUGCCUUUGCCCUCUCCUCAAUGGCUCCACUUUGAGCUCUUUCCCUAUCAAUUCCACUUUAGCCCUUCAAGUUCCAAGCCUAUGCAGCAUCCACAUCAAACCCUCUCUUUGUCCAGUUCCAACAGAACCUCCUUCAGUGCCUCCAUCUCUUCCUCCUGCACAAGUCUCUGUCGGGACAAAAAACCACUCAAGUAUUGCAGUUCCACCAGUUCAUAGAGAACCACCAUCAAGGACACCACCACCUGGCUUGAUAGUGUUUGGAUUUCAUCAGCGUAGCUCUGGUGCGAGG